AUGCGCGCGUCGAUCCUCGUCGAGCGGGCCGGGCGAUCGGGAACGACCAGCGUGGUCAUCGAUACCGGCCCCGAUUUCCAUGCGCAGAUGCUGAUGGCCGAUGUCCGGCAGAUCGACGCCAUCGUCUAUACGCACGCCCAUGCGGACCACAUUCACGGCGUCGACGAUGUGCGCACCUUCGUGUUCGCCCAGGGCCAGAUGAUGCCGAUCCAUGCCGACGCGGCAACGGCCCAUCGGCUGCACGAGGCGUUCGGCUAUUGCUUUGCAACGCCGGACGGCAGCGCCUAUCCGCCGAUCCUGAUCGAUCACCGGAUCGACCACGAAACGCCGUUCACGGUCGAAGGGCAGGGCGGGCCCCUCACCUUCGUGCCGCUGUACCAGCAUCACGGUUCCAUCCACUCACUGGGGUUCCGCAUCGGCGAUCUGGCCUAUUGCCCGGACGUGUCGGCCUUUCCCGACGCGACGCUCGACAAGAUGCGCGAUCUCGACGUGCUGAUCGUCGACGCGCUGCAAUACCGCGAACACCCAAGCCAUCUGUCGCUGGCACAGACGCUGGACGUCAUCGACCGGAUCAGGCCGAAGCGCGCAUUCCUCACGCACAUGCACAUUCCGCUGGACUAUGACGUGGUGCUGGCCGAAACGCCCGAUCACGUCGAGCCGAACAAUGCCAUGACCCAAAUCGUGGUCGUCUUCAAAUCCGGCGCCGUGGUUCGCCUUGCCGCCGAGCCGGUCCAGGCCGACACGCUCAUCGGUGCGUUCUACAGCGAAUGGGAUCAGGCGGGCGUCAAUCUGGUUGGCAACCUGAUGUAUGGCGGCGGUGCGCCGUACCGGCUGCAAGCCUCCGAGAUUGCCGGCAUCUUCGUGGAUCAGGACGACACGCCGUGA